CGGUGUUUCUUUUAAACAACAAAAAAACCUGGUUAGGUCAAUGUCAUGGAGAAGUUAUUGUUACUUUAAAAGUAUUUACUUCAUCUGAAGUCACUAGUGAACAAAUUCCAAAACUUGAGGAACAGAAGGACGAAAGGCAAUCGUCUGAAGUAAUAGGUCCAUUGAUGAAUUCGACAUGUAGAGAGCAUUUAGUUUUCUAUAAUGUUAGUGUUAAAGUACCGUGCAUCGAAGUGACAUUUAAUUUUACCAAGUCUAUGAAUGACGAUAGUAUGAAUUAUUCCGCGAAAGUGUGUAAUAAAUUUGGGUGUGAUUUCUUUGACGUUAUUGUUAUUUCAACAGUUACAGGUAUUCCGGUAGCGCCAUCAAAUAUUUCACUGAUGAGUGACGAGACCAAAAUAUUUUUGAAAUGGCAUCCAGGUUUAAAUAGAGGUUGUAGCCAAAAUUUCUUUAUUGAAUAUAAACAGACUACAUUGACCAACUGGACGGAUAUAGGUCCUAUACCGGAUCAUAAGGAGAAAGAUGGUGCAUAUACUUUAUCGGACUUACGUCCUGAUACACAAUACGAAAUUCGAAUGUAUGCCAGGAAUAAGGUUGGAGAUAGUGUAAAAACAAAUAUUACGACCAUUCUCACAAGAAAACUGAUGGAAGAUAGGCACCAGUUCUUGGGGUGGAGUAUUACUUCUGUCAUGGUCAUAUUAGCUGUAACAUGCUGUGGAUUUGUGUUUGUAUUCGUCAGAAAGAGAGAGAAAAGAAAGCAGUGUCACAACAUUAGACCUUCAGACCUGGAUAUGAAUAUACAAGGGGAGUCAGUUGAUAAUCGUAUGUACCUGUCAUCAGACUUUCGUCAAUCAAAUUUUACUAGACAUCAGUCAGAACGAUAUGAAAUGGAAAUUCAACCUACUGGACAGCCAAGUUCAGCUUUAGACAGUCAUUACCAAGAAGAGUUGCUAGAGGAACAAAAUGUGUACCAUGCUGACAGAAUCAUACCGACACAGCAUGCUGAAUCUAACCUGAACUAUGUUGAAGUUACAUUUGAAGCAGUGCCUUCGACAAGCACAAGUAUUAUUCAUGGCAAAGAAGACAGAACUAUUUAUUCUGAAAUAGAUUUGUUGUGCCAUGCAGAUGUCAUUCCGUCCAGCAGUGAAAGUGACGAUGACUUUAUGUAUGUGGAUGGGAUAAAGAACUACGAUAGACAAACAUGCCUCUGAAAUUACUAUAUCGUCAUUGAUUGUGCAGAUGAAUCGUCACGUCUUCCAUCUUUUGUAUAGAGACAGUUUUUGUAUAGACUUAAACAUUCAAUAUACAUUUUGUAAAUACUUAAAGUGUAUUACGGUUUUGUUUCUAUUUCUGGUAGUUAUAGUUGUAAUCAAUACAAAUUUAAG